GACUAGUCACGCCGAUCCAUUUGCAUCUUCUAUCACACAUGUCAGCGUCUUUCCUUCCUCCGUGUGUCAGUGUGGAUGCCAUGGAGGAUUAGCAUGGAAUACUAAUAUUCCGUAAUUAAGUUUGACGUUUUAACUAUUCUUAGCUUAUACGAGAAGUAUUGCGAAGAAACACUGAAAAAAAAUCACCAAUCACUCGGCCAAUCCUCUGCAUUGGGUAUGAGCCAUGAGGAGAAGAUGAAGCUGGAUAGUUUUCAGGCAGCGUGAAUAUCCACUCUUAUAUUCACUAAACGACUGAAUAAUUAUUUUUUAUUCAUCAAAAGUUGAAAAUCGUUUUUCCCCAUUGCAAUAACCGCCGGUUUAGUGGCCAAUCCCUCGUGGUGGGUACGAGCCAAAGCGUAUAGGAACAAGCAAGCGCGGCUCACCUAACACUCGAACAAUCCUAUAAUACCUGGUAAAUUCAUCUCUUUCCUUCGAGAAGUGAAUUAAUUUAAUAAGCAAGGCAACGCGUCCGAUUCAUGGCCUAUCCCCCUGGGUGGGUUGCGCCAAGCUGUUGAGGAACCAACCAAUCCCCUGCAUUGGCUAUGAGCCACGAGAAGAGAAUAAGCGUGGUUGGUCGUUGUUGCGGUGUGGUCAUCGGCAAUUUUGUCGACGUAUUGCGCCUAAUCCUUGUCUUAUGAUUUUGCCAUGAACCGAUACAUUCCCAAUGCACAGUUUUCUGUCUGACGCUGACGCGAAGGAAACAUGACAUCGAACGUCGAUUAUAGAAACAAGAUUAUACUUGCUCCGAUGGUUAGGAUUGGCACUUUGCCCAUGCGUCUUCUCGCUCUGCAUUACGGAGCGGACCUUGUUUACACGGAGGAACUCAUUGACUACCGGUUGUUGAAGUGUCAGCGAAUCGAAAAUAAGGUACUUGGAACCGUGGACUUCGUCGACGAUGAUCACCAAAUUGUUUUCAGAACAUGUGAGAAAGAAAAAGGCCGAAACAUUCUCCAGAUUGGAACCUGCAGUCCUGACCGUGCUGUUCAAGUUGCAAAGCUCGUUGAGAAAGACGUGGCUGGCAUAGACGUGAACAUGGGUUGUCCUAAGGAAUUCUCCAUAAAGGGUGGAAUGGGUGCAGCUCUGCUAACACAAACUGAUAAGGUGAAAGCCAUCUUGACAGCUCUUGUCCAAAGCACUGAACUACCCAUCACGUGCAAGAUUAGAGUACUUGAAAAGCUUGAAGACACCCUGGCUCUUGGGAAACUUAUUGAAUCAACUGGUGUAAAAGCGAUUGGUGUCCAUGGACGAACAAAAGAGGAACGACCACAGCAUGCCAACAGGAAUGCAGUCAUUAAAGCUCUGGCCGAGCAUGUCAACAUUCCUAUCAUUGCUAACGGUGGAUCUGGAGAAAUAGCCUGCUAUGAAGACAUUGAACGUUUCCGCCAGACCACUGGUGCUGCUUCUGUGAUGCUCGCUCGUCAGGCAGAAAGCAACUGCUCCAUAUUUAGAAAGGAAGGCAAGAAACCAAUCGAUGAUGUUAUAGAAGAGUACCUCGCCUAUGCAAUAGAAUAUGACAACAGGGCAACAAACACGAAGUACUGUGUUCAGCAGAUGCUUGGCUCACUUCAGGAAAGUGACAGAGGCAAGGCACUUCUGGCCAGUCAGCAAAUGGAGGAAAUAUGUAAUUUAUUUUACAGUGUGCUCUGGAACAUGCAAGAUAAGCAUGCUUCUCGACAGCUCAAGCUUCAAGGAAGAGCAAUGGCUUUAAGGGAGCUCAGUGACAACAGCAAUGCUGAACCAGUGCUGAAGAAGUGCAAAAUUGGAGAUGAUGAAGUGUGGCAAAUGGAAGCCAAGUUUGUUAGGAACAUGUUUGAAAUGGCAAACCUACCAAAGACUGUGCUCAUCAACUGGACAACAAAAAAUAAUUAUCCCCAUCCAUUCUACCAAACUGAAUCCAUGGAGAAAAGUUUUCGUUCUGUUGUGCUGGUGAAUCGAAAAAAGUAUUCAAGCACAUACCUAGAGAAGAACAAGAAAUAUGCAGAGCAAAGUGCUGCACUCGUGGCCUUAUAUGCCCUCGGGCUGAUUGACAGCUCCAAAAUCAAGGGCAACACUGCUGGUAUGCCAUUUGAAUAAAGAAACGUGCACAGAAAUG